UGACUUUCUUUUUCUUCUUCUCUUACAUAUGUUUGUUUAAUGAAUUCACUCGUUUUUCCCUUUCGUUUACUUUGCACCGGUUUGCCAUUUUCUACUCCAUAACACAUCUAUCUAAAUCUGUGAAUUUCAAACACUCGAAUCCUCUCUUAUGGCUAUUUCUUGUUUUUCUUCUUCACCUCGCACUUGGAGUUACAAUGUCUUUACGAGCUUCCAUGGACCAGACGUCCGUAAAACUUUUCUCAGCCAUUUACGCAACCAGUUUGACCACAAUGGUAUCACGAUGUUCGAUGACAAUGGGAUCGAAAGAAGCCAUAACAUCCCCUCUGCUCUCACACAAGCAAUUCGAGAAUCGAGGAUCUCGAUCGUAGUGAUCUCGAAGAAAUAUGCUUCUUCCAAGUGGUGUUUGGAUGAGCUAUUGGAGAUUUUGAAGUGCAAAGACGAGGUAGGUCGAAUAGUGAUGACUGUCUUCUAUGGAGUUGAUCCUUCUGAUGUGCGGAAACAAACCGGAGAUUUUGGGAUCGCUUUCGAGGAAACUUGUGCUCGAAAAACGAAGGAGCAUGGAAAAAAAUGGAGCGAAGCUUUGACCUAUGUGGGCAACAUAGCCGGAGAACACAACUGGGAUAAUGAAGCUAAAAUGAUUGCAAAGAUUGCAAAAGAUGUUUCAGAUAGACUGCACUUCACAUCGUCUAGGGAUUUUGAUGGAAUGGUUGGACUAGAUAGUCAUCUGACGAAAAUGGAGUCUUUGCUAGAUUUUAGUUAUGUUGGAGUUAAGAUUGUUGGAAUAUCUGGUCCUGCAGGCAUUGGUAAGAGUACAAUUGCCAGAGCUUUACACAAUCAAUUCUCUAACAGGUUUCAACUUACUUGUUUUAUGGACAACUUGAAGGAAAACUGUAAGAUUGGAGUUGAUGACAUUGGUUUAAAGUUGCACUUACAAGAACAGCUUCUUUCUAAGGUUUUGAACCUAAAUAGUAUUAAGAUAUGCCAACAAGACAGGCUACAUGACAAGAGGAUUCUUAUCAUUCUUGAUGAUGUGGGGAGUCUAGUGCAACUAGAAGCUUUGGCUAAUAUCGAGUGGUUUGGUCCUGGAAGUAGGGUCAUCGUGACCACUGAAGACAAAGAGAUUUUGCAACAACAUGGUAUCAAUGAUAUAUACCAAGUGGGUUUUCCAUCGGAAAGCGAAGCUCUAUCCAUCUUUUGUAUGUCUGCUUUUAAGCAAACGUCUCCAUCGGAUGAAUUUAUGAAGCUUACAAAUGAAGUUGUUAAAAUUUGUGGUAAUCUUCCAUUGGGUCUACAUGUUUUGGGGUCUUCAUUGCGGGGAAAGAGUAAGGCUGGUUGGAUAGAUGAACUACCAAGGUUGAAAAAGUCUCUUGAUGGAAGAAUUGAGAGUGUAUUAAAAGUGGGCUAUGAGAGUUUACAUGAGAAAGACCAAGUUCUAUUUCUCCUCAUUGCAGUCUUCUUGAAUUAUGCACAUGUUGAUCAUGUGAUAACCAUGCUGGCAAAAACUGACUUGGAUGUUAGUCUUGGGUUGAAAAUCCUAACAAAAAGAUAUCUCAUACAACGUGAAAGUAAUAUAGUGGUAAUGCACCAUUUGCUACAAGUAAUGGCUAGACAAGUCAUUUCCAAACAAGAAUGCUCCAAACGUCAGAUUUUAGUCAAUGCCAAUGACAUCUGUUAUGUUCUAGAAAUGGCAAAAGGUAAUGGAUCAAUUUUAGGUGUAUCAUUUGACGUAUCUAUGAUCAGUGAAUUAAGGAUAUGUGCGACAGCUUUUGAAAAAAUGUACAAUCUUGCAUUCCUGAAAGUGUACAAUGGGAUGCGUAAUGAAAAAAGACAACUGCACAUUCCAAAGGAGAUGGAGCUUCCACGUCGCUUAAGGUUACUACAUUGGGAGGCAUAUCCGAGAAAGAGUCUUCCUAAUAAACUUUGUCUAGAGAAUCUUGUCGAACUCAAUAUGGCAUAUAGCCAGCUCGAAAGGCUAUGGGAAGGAACUCAGCUGCUUGCAAAUCUCAAGACGAUGAAUCUUGCUGUGUCAUAUCAUUUGAAGGAACUUCCAGAUCUUUCAAACGCUACAAAUCUAGAGAGCUUGAAUCUUAAUAGUUGCACUGCUUUGGUAGAGAUUCCAUCCUCAAUUGUGAAUCUUCAUAAACUAGAUUACCUAGGAAUAACUAGCUGCAAAAGUCUAGAAGUCAUUCCAACUCUCAUUAACCUUGCAUCCCUAGAAAGGAUCUGGAUGUUUCAAAGCUUACGACUUAGAACACUUCCAGAUAUUCCAACCAACACUACAGAAAUUGAGAUCUACGAUACAGGGGUAGAAGAACUCCCAGCAUCACUUCUGCAAUGCUCCCGUCUUACUACUCUUGAUUUAUGUUCCAAUAAAAAUCUCAAGACAUUCUCAACAGAUCUCCCCACGAAUAUAUCACGUAUAAGCCUGAGUAAUAGUGGUAUUGAAAGGAUUACAAGUUGCAUCAAAGGUCUUCAUAAUCUAUUAUUCCUUGUUUUAACAGGCUGCAAAAGACUCGAGUCAUUGCCAGAGCUCCCUAGCUCCCUCGAAUUGCUAAGCGCAGAAGAUUGUGAAUCACUGGAGAGAGUAAGUAACCCUUUGAACACUCCAAAUGCAGUGCUUAGAUUCACUAAUUGCAUCAAAUUGGGUGGACAAGCACGACAAGCGAUUACCAAACGAUCGUUUGUUUACAGAUGGGUUCUUUUACCUGGAGGAGAAGUACCUGCAGAUUUUGAUCACCGAGUCACAGGAAAUUCCAUAACAAUUCAUGAUCCUGCUUUCAACAUAAUAAAGGUUUGUGUCGUGAUUUCACCUAACCAUCAAUUCAUAAAAUAUAUGGAAUUAGAGCUAUUGUGUCAUUGCAAAGUCAUCGGGAACUCAGUGAACUCCACUGACAUGAAAUUCUACCUUUCCAAAGUCUUUGAGUACCGAAUGAAACAUCUAUUGAUAUUUCAGUCUAGCUUGACAUCUAUAGACCCCUCUGAAGUGAGCAGAAAGAUAGUGCUCGAAUUCAGAAGCACAAACCAAGUUUUGGACAUUAUUGAAUGUGGUGUCAAGAUCUUGACGAACGUAAUCAAUGGAAGCAAAAAUGAAUACGAUGAAACCUUAGACAAGAGAGAAGAAGAAGAAAAUGAUAGUGUCGUUAACAGGAUAUUUGAAUUUGAUUCAUGUGAAGCGUCUGCUAAAGAAGACAAUGACAGUGUAGCUAACGGGAGAUCUAAUUCUGUAUCCGGUGAAACAUCUGACAAAGAAGAUGAUGAAGAAAGUUACAAAUAUGAAUCUAGAGAAACGUCUGAAGAGAAAGAUGAGGGUAUCGGUGAUAAUGGUAACAACAAAUCUGUAACAAGGAAGCGUCUGAGGAUAACUUCUACACCCAUAGCUUAUGAUACUCCUCCACCGACUUAUGGGUUCCAUAUGCGAAUAGAUGAAGAAGAAUCGAGUAAUGGGUUCCAUAUGCGGAUAGAUGAAGAAGACGACGAUUAUUUUGCGAACUGGACAUCAGAAUCUGAAUUAGGCGAAGCAUCCGACAAUGAAGACAAUGAAGAGGGAAACACAUCUGAAUCUAUGUUGUCCAAAGACAGAGAUGAAGAUAUUACCCAUGAGGAUGACUAAAAAUUAAUAUCAAGCAAGUUCCUGCUUAUGUAAUAUCAAAAAAACAAAAAAAGUUUCUUCACAUGUAUGUUAUUUCAUUGUAUUAAUUGUUUUGGUUAGGACACAAAACAUUUUUAUUAUUUUAGGCUUAA